UCCGGCUGCAUCUGGGACCAGGACAGGUUCCUCCACAGAGAAGAGGGACUGGGUCUGUGCCUGCGUGUGUCCACAGCAUGAGAGUAGAGGCACUGCAGGAAGGGUUAACUGGGAGCCAGGCUGCAGCAUUCAGGGCCCUGGGUUGGCCCACGAGGGGAGGGGUGGCCAGGAAGGUGGAGCGGGCUUGGCUUGCGGGAGCUGCCCGCUCCCACACAGGAGAGCAGACAGACUUGUGUCUGGCCGGGGGCUGGGUGUGCUGAAGUGGAGGCCCUUUUAGGAAUGGCAGCACAAGCUCCCCACUGGGGCCCCCACCCUCCCUACCUGGCUCUCCAGGGCAGGGUGCACGUGGGAGACUCUCCAGUGUUGGGGGCGCUAAGCCGGCAGUGAGCAGUGAGCAGUUCACCAGCUCCUGGUGGGAAGCAGCUGCAGGCAAGGAUGGAGGUUGACAGCCUGCUUGUGAAUGGAAGUGCCAUCUCAGGUCCCUGUGAAGAGGGGAUGGAAAACAGGACGCUUUUCUGCCUGGAUCAGCCUCAGCGUUCCAAAGAGUGGCAGCCCGCGGUACAGAUUUUCUUGUACUCACUGAUAUUCCUGCUCAGUGUCCUGGGGAACACACUGGUCAUUACCGUUCUGAUUCGGAACAAGAGGAUGCGAACGGUCACCAACAUCUUUUUGCUCUCCCUGGCCGUGAGCGACCUCAUGCUCUGCCUCUUCUGCAUGCCCUUCAACCUCAUCCCCAACCUGCUCAAGGAUUUCAUCUUCGGGAGUGCGGUCUGCAAGACCACCACCUACUUCAUGGGCACAUCUGUGAGCGUCUCCACCUUUAAUCUGGUAGCCAUAGCGCUGGAGAGAUACAGUGCGAUUUGCAAACCGCUCCAGUCCCGGGUCUGGCAGACAAAGUCCCACGCUUUGAAGGUGAUCGCUGCUACCUGGUGCCUCUCCUUCACCAUCAUGACCCCGUACCCGAUUUACAGCAGCCUGGUGCCUUUCACCAAGAACAACAACCAGACUGCAAACAUGUGCCGCUUCCUUCUGCCCAACGACGUGAUGCAGCAGUCCUGGCACACAUUCCUGUUACUCAUCCUCUUUCUAAUUCCUGGAAUUGUGAUGAUGGUGGCAUAUGGAUUAAUCUCUUUGGAACUUUACCAAGGAAUAAAAUUUGACGCUAACCAGAAGAAGUCUGCCAGAGAAAGGUGUCCCAGCUUGGGCAGCAGCAGGUACGAGGACAGCGACGGGUGCUACCUGCAGAAGCCCAGGCGCCCGAGGAAGGUGGAGCUGCAGCAGCUGUCCAGCAGGGUGGGCCGCGUCCGCAGCAGCAGCUCGGCUGCCAACCUGGUGGCCAAGAAGCGAGUGAUCCGCAUGCUCAUGGUCAUCGUGGUCCUCUUCUUCCUCUGCUGGAUGCCCAUCUUCAGCGCCAACGCCUGGAGGGCCUACGAUUCGGCCUCGGCCGAGCGCCGCCUGUCAGGGACCCCCAUCUCCUUCAUCCUGCUGCUCUCCUACACCUCCUCGUGUGUCAACCCCAUCAUCUACUGCUUCAUGAACAAGCGCUUCCGCCUGGGCUUCCUGGCCACCUUCCCCGGCUGUCCCCACCCUGGUCCCCGAGGGACCCGUGGCGAGGCGGGGGAGGAGGAGGAGGCCAGGACCACCGGGGCCUCUCUGUCCAGGUACUCCUACAGCCACAUGGGGGGCUCUGCCCCAGCCCCGUGAGCACCCCUCCACCCCCUCCCCAGGAGCGGGAAAAUGGAGGGAGGAAGAAAGGAGGAAGAAUAGAAGACCAAUGGCAGCAAGAGACGGAGGAGGCAGGGAGUGAUAGGCUCCAUUCCCAGUGGGGACUCCUCAGUGUCUGCUUCUCAUCCUUGUCCUUCGGGUUCUUUAGCCCCAUACUGGGGGGGAGGAGGGGGUCUUCACUUGGUUUCUAGGAAGGAUAAAUUUAGUAACAUUCAUCCUCAGAAGAACCUUAGCAGGCCAGUCACAGGACCUGACGCAGCAAAUGUAGAUGCCAAACAGGUUUGUUCAAAUGGGGAUGUGAGUUCUAUCGAACUUUGGAAGGUUCCAGAACAUCCAUGACUCCUUCUCCCUCCUCUCCUGCCUCUCCCCACCCCCACUACCACCACUCCAUGAGGAUAUGAUUUGUAUAUUUUUCUGCUUUGCCCCCUUCCCCCUGCCCCCAGAGAGAGUCCAGGCCUCUUCCACACCCACCUCAUCAAGACCACUGAAAGGAACAUAAAGUGAGCCCCUCUUUGGCCAUUUUCUGUAGUGGGAGAACAGUCUGACUUUUCUCAGCGAAGGACAGUCAGAGAAAACAGUCUGUGACAUCAGCAAGCAUAAGCAUCAUUCUCAAAAGUUGAGUAGAAACAUCCUUCUAAGAAAAAAAGAGACUUCAAAGAAAAUAACUUAUGAAAUGCUAUCCUUGAUGGAAUGCUAAGUGCAGGAAAUGAACAGAAAUAGUCAGUUUCUUUCCUAUUAUAAUAUAUAUAUAUACGUAUACAUAUAUUGCUUAAAUACACCUUAAUAUAAUAUUAAAUACUGUGGCUUUUUUUUUUUUUGCCUCAACUUAACUUCUUGUAUUCAUUCAGCAUUUUCUUCUUCGUCCAGAAAGAUCUCUGUAAGAGUUGUGACUUAUGUAUACUUCCCCAAGUAUGGAAAUGUAGUCUGGCCCAUAAUAAAGACAAACCUACUUGGUCAAAGUUAGUAAGUAGCUUUUGAAUGUCAAAAAGAAAAAGUAAAAAGGGUAAAAAAGCCUGUCAAUACAAAAUCUGUAUUUGUUACUGACUGUAUUGGAUUUUUAUGUGUGUAUACCAAGUAUAUAUGUUCAUUACAUAAAAGUAUGCGUGUGUGUGUGUGUGUGUGUGUGUGUGUGUGUGUGUGAAGCUGUACCCCUGAAGCUGUACCCACUCAUGAAGCUGUACCCCUGCAGGUGGGGACCAGGGCUUUGAACCUGGGUCCUUGUACACUGUAAUGUGAGUGCCACCGCCUGACUCCUCUAUCCUUUCUUUUGUGUUUGUGUACAGGGGGG